ACAACAUGGAUUUACCAGUUGAUAUAACUGUAUUUUUGAUUAUUGUGCUCUCAAUUCUUUUCUUAUAUUUUGGUGUAAAGACAUUUUGGACACAGAGGCACCUUCCACCUGGACCAACACCUCUUCCAUUACUGGGGAAUGUUUUAGAGGUUGGAGGAGGUGAUAUUGUAAACUCUCUGAUGAAACUCAGUAAGAAAUAUGGUGAGGUGUUUACUGUCUAUUUGGGAUCUCGUCCAACGGUGGUGGUGACUGGAUACACAAUGGUAAAAGAAGUCUUAUUGGAUAAAGGAGAUGAUUUCUUAAGCCGGGGAGACAUGCCAUCCUGGGAUUUGUUCUUCGACAAUUCUGGGAUGAUCUUUACUAAAAAUAUGAAUGAAUGGAGAGAUCUACGGAGGUUUUCUCUAACGACCUUGAGAGAAAUGGGCUUUGGAAAAAGGAAUGUAGAGAGUCUGAUUCAGGAAGAGUUCCAGAACUUAGUAGAAGAGUUAAGAGAAAUCAAAGAAUCUUUCAUUGACCCUCGAAUGAACAUCAGCAGAGCCCACUGUAAGGUCAUCUUAUCCAUCAUGUUUGGAAAUCGGCAAGAAAUUGAGCAGAAGGACAUUGAUAUGGUUCUGCGUUCUUUACAUGAAACCUUCAUGGUUAUCAGUUCACCCUGGGGGCAGAUAUUUGAGAUGUUUCCCGGAGUGAUGAAAUAUAUCCCUGGACAUCAUCAGAAAAUAUUCCAGUCACUAGGGAGGCUCAGCCAGUAUGCAGAAGAGAAAGUGCAGAUGAAUAAAAAGACUUUGGAUCCAGAUAAUCCCGGAAAUUAUGUGGAUUAUUUUCUCCUUAAAAUAGAAAAGGAGAAAGUGAACCCACACAGUUCUUUCUGCAUGAAGACCUUGCUGGCGAGCACGGUACAGAUAUUCUUCGCUGCAGUAGAGACCAUGAUUACUACAAUGAUCUACUCUCUGUUAGUCGUAAUGAAAUACCCAGAGGUGAUUGCCAAGGUCCAAAAGGAAAUUGAGCAUGUGAUCGGGCGACGUAGCCCAACAGUUCAAGACAGAAAUAACAUGCCAUACACAGAAGCUGUGCUUCAUGAAAUGCAGCGAUUCAUAGAUCUGAUUCCAAUGGGUGCUGUUCGGAGAACCACAGCAGAAGUCACACUGAAUGGAUACACCUUACCAAAGGAUAUCAAUGUUAUCACAAUGCUGACCUCUGUCCUUAAAGACCCCACCUGCUUCAAUUAUCCAACAGAAUUCAACCCGGAGAAUUUCCUGAAUGAUAAGGGAGAGUUUCAGAGGAAUAGCGCCUUCAUGCCCCUGUCUGCAGGAAAGAGAAUGUGCCUUGGAGAAACAGUUGUUCGCAUGGUGCUGUUUCUGUUCCUCGUCAAUGUUCUCCAGAACUUUGACCUGAAGUCUCCUGUUCCCCUGGAAGAGCUGGACAUCACACCCAUUGUAUCUGGGUUGGGAAACGUACCCAAGCCUUAUAAGGUUGCCUUUAUUCCUCGCUAGAGAUUUUGUAAGGUUUAUCU